AUGUUACACAGCGGGCAAGGUGGGCUGCAUCGUGAGCUUCAGAUGGGAGUGGGACUGGCCAACAGCAACCACCAAACUCUGGAAGACUGGAAGAGCAAAGCACCCACAACAUUCUCAAGUGCCAACCUCGGCUUACCUGUUCCGACUAGUGAUACCACCCCUUCUCCCUUCGCCGUCGUCCCACAUAACCUCAAGUCCAGUACGUCUGGAUUCCCGAUCAACCGCUCAUCGCUUCGGAUUCGGUUGGAUGAACAGACCAGCUUCUCUUCCGAUGAAGGGGAGGAGGAAGAUGAGCAACCGGAUAGCGAAGAGGAGCAAUGGCCGAUCAAACGCUGCGAUCCAGGAGCGCCCAGCAAGGCCUUGGAAUCCUUCAACGUACCUCACCUCUUACCAGACGACGAUCCAGUACUAGUCUGGGAACAGCAAGAGCGCCAAUCGACCUACCAACUAUCGAUCCAGAAUGCGACCGCCCGUCGACGACACUUCGAAGGCAUUCACGUCCGCACACUCGCCCGGGCCAACGAGAACAGCGAACAACAACACAAACAACAGAUGAACGAUCUCAGCAAAGUCCUCGCCCGAAUAGGCCUCAACAAGGAGAGGCAGAUGCGACUGGCAGAACUCGAGCGACAAGAGCUGCUCAAACAACAACAACUCGAGGAACGCAAAGAGGCAGAGACCAAGCGCAAGCUCGAACAUGAACAUCAAGACCUACUCGAACGGCAGAAGAAAGAGGCCAAAGAACUCAAACUCUCGGAAGCUCAAGCCUCUACUAUCAAGUCCGUUCGCGAUGAUUACAAGAAAUCGUACUCGACUAUCCAACAAUUCAAGUCAUCCGUCUUGCCUACAGUCUCUGCUAGCGAAUCUUUCAAAACUUUGUGUAGACAGGCUAAGAGGAGAAUCACGCCCAAAGAAAGUCAAUUGACCAAUGGCUCCCGUCAGAUCGAGAAAGUGAUUUUAGAAGUAGGUGGAGUCUUGAACGAGACCCGAAAGCACGACGAAAGUGUGUACCUGUGGGUGUGCAACCAUCUAGCGAAAGCGGGGACGGAAGUGACGGCGAAACUGAGUACAGUGUACCCAUUAGGCCGACUGGUGGUAGGAUUGAUGAUGAUAGGCUAUCCAGAGGUGGGGACGAUCCUGAUGGGACGGCUAGUCAAGAAGUGUUACUUUCUAGUGGCCUAUCGGCCGAUACCGGAGGAAGGCCAAUCGGAGGCAGAUUACCGGAAGCAGCUGGGCUACCAGUCUGAAAGCUCUACCAUCAAACAGUCCGACCCCUCUGACGUCGUCCCGAGCUUGAAAGGAGUGCCCAAACAGGAACAACUCCAGCGGAUCCCGCCCGAAUUGCGCCUCGAUUCCAGCUGGAAAUGGCUUGCUAAUACCCUCAAAUUGCCGCUUAUCUUCCUCACUGCUACGCCCAGAGUCCUCGCCUCCUUCUUGGAAGUCGCCAGCCAAAGACUCUUUGAAAUCUACGGUUCCCAGUUCAUCAAGUUCCUCAAGACUCUCUUGGAUCGUGGGAUCUUGAUCCCUGCUCAUCCGUCCCUCAAAUUCAAUUGGAAUGAUAUCGAUUGCAAACCCUCGAUCUUUCAACUCCAGGGCCUCAUCGAAGACUUCCUUAAUAAGGGGAAGCUUCUUCCUGAUCCUCAUCUCAACCCCACCGGACAAUUCUAUCAAUUAACUUAUGACUGAAUGCUCCAUUUACAUCUACACGUAUGUAUGUAUACACCAAAAAAAUGUGUGUGAUUGGCUUCUUGUUCCAUAAUACCUUGUUUCUUUA